GCGGUGGCGGCGCGGGUCUCGGACAGGUGCCGGCGGACGCGAGAGAACUGCCGCCCGGCGUGCCAAACGAGCGCUGGAGACGAUGGGCGUGCCGAGAAUGCAGACCUGCCGCCUGCUGACGAUUCUGUGGUGUCUGCUUAUGCUGACGGAGGCCCAGGUGACCGACUCGCUGCCGAAGCGGUUGAUGAGCACCGCGUUCUUCCCGCUGCGCCACCCCCAGGUGGGCCGCACGGACUGGCUGGCGGCGCGCGACUUCAGCGAGCGCUACCUGCGCGCCCUCGGCCUCAACGUGACGCGCCAAGUGUUCAGCACCACCGUACUCUUCGACCAGGAUAUUGCGCAGCUGGUGGAGGGCGUGAACCUGUUGGCCGUGGUACCCGGUCGUCACUGGGACUCUGACGCCGAGGAUGACAUCCUGGUGGUCGGCGCUCACUACGACACCGACGUCACCAACAUGGGUGUCCGUCCCGGCUCGGGGAUGGUGGCGCUGCUGGAGCUGGGCCGUCAUAUCCAGGAGCGGCGCACGACUGGCCUCCAGCUUGACCACACCGUCAUUUUGGCCGCCCUCGACUUAAUGACGUCAGAGCACUCCUGGGGCAAGGCGGGCGACUCCGGCGCCGAAGUGUUCCUGCGCGGUUACCUGAAUCCGCUGCUCACCUCGCGGCCCUCCCGGCGCUUCCGCGGCGCCAUCAUGCUCGACUCAGUGUUCAACUUCAACGCCUCGGUCGGCAGCCAGGUGUACCCGGGUGGCUUCGCAGAGACGUUCCCAGACGUUGAGCAGACGGGCCGCGGGGACUUCCUGGGCGUGGUCAGCCGGCCCGCCUCGGACGCCGCCCUGCUGGAGGCGCUGAAGGCCGUCUGGCCGGCCGGCGCCGGCCGCCUCCAGCCGCUGAGCCUACCGCAGCAGCCGCCGGACACGGAGGCGCUGUUCCAGUUCCUCAGCCAGGGCCACGACGCCUUCUGGAACCGCGCGGCUGGCGGUGUGGUCAGCUCGCUGCCGGCCGUACUACUGACCGACACAGGGCGGUACCGCCAGCUGCCCAGGAGGUGUCUCAGCGUCGACACCAUCUGCGGACCAAGGGAGAUGCUGACGCCCGAGCGCAUGCGCUUCUUCAACCAGACGGUCAAGGCGCUGACCGACGCCGUCCUCACUAUGCAGGGCUCUUCCUCCAGCUCGGCCGUGAUGGGCAGCUGGCUGCUGCUGCUGACCGGACUACUGGCCUCUUGCGUCUCCCACUAAUCUGUCUCCUCGCCACGGUGCCCGGCCUGAGGAGAUGUACAGGUCAUCAACCAUGAAGCGAACGGGUGCCUUUACUGGUCGUGGCAGCAACUGUUUAUUUCCGACGCGCGGCUGAUAACAUGAUAAUUCAUCAUCUCUACGCCCCCUGUAGUGGCUCCACCAUCCAGCCAACGGAAGUAAUGCUCAUUGCCACUGAAUGACGAACAGCGCCCCUCAUCUGGAGCAGUAAGCGUCAGCACUAUUUCGACGAGCGAUUGUCUGCAACGACAGACGCGUUCAGGCCAGUCACACGCGACAGCAGAGGCUCGUUUGCUUGAGAGCAGCCAGCGCGACAGCCUGUAGCGUAUUGGCUGCGAUGUGACAGCUUGCACGCGUUUGCGCUGCGGCGGGGGUGGUCGUUCUCGGCGAUACCACGGCGUUGCAAGUGUUAGCAACAGAAGCCAGUGUGAUCAUUAGCGGUGAUGGCGCCGAUUACGACGAAGCCGGAUACGGCGGUGUGUGUUGCCGUUGUCUUCAGUGGUGGUGUGAUGUGAGCGUUUCCGUGUCAUCAGCAGCGCCGUGACCAUUGUCUUAAGUGGUGGUGUGAUGUGGGCGUUUCCGUGUCAUCAGCAGCGCCGUGACCAUUGUCUUUAGUGGUGGUGUGAUGUGAGCGUUUCCGUGUCAUCAGCAGCGCCGUGACCGUUGACAGCAGCGCUUGCCGUUGUCUUCAGUGGUGGUGUGAUGUGAGCGUUUCCGUGUCAUCAGCAGCGCCGGAUACGGCGGUGUGUGUUGCCGUUGUCUUCAGUGGUGGUGUGAUGUGAGCGUUUCCGUGUCAUCAGCAGGGCCGGGACCGUUGACAGCAGCGCAUUUGACACAUUGGCCAUUGGGACUCACGGCUGCACAGAUGCAUUGGCUGUUUACAGCGACUGGUUUCUUUGAACACAUCCCGCUUGUUGUGGCGGGGUGGACACCCUGGACGUUUACUCUGGCGGGACCACUGCGGCGAGCGUUUGCAGCGGCCGCCGCCAGGGCCAUGAAUCAGGCCGUUGAGGCGGGCCGUGACAGCACCGGUCCCACAGGCGCUGAUCACGUGCUGGGCGUCGCCGUCGGCACGCUCGGCACGGCCAGGCGAUCGCUCGCCCGGAGGCGGAGCCGCGGCGUCCGCUCUACUCGACGCCACGGCAGACUGGUCCACGCCGGCCACCUGCCUGCAGAGGAUGCGGCAGGGACCCCGGGGACGCGAUCCCCAAUACCAAAGCAAAGUCGGGCGCGUUCUUGAAUAGUCUUGCCAUCGUUUAAAACGAGAAGCAAAAGCAUUGAACAUUCUGUCAGAGUUCAGCCAUGUUCGGGACCGGCUUCUCCAGCUCCUGCAUUAUUUUCGAUUCCAUUUACGCAGCGCAGGGAAAUGUUCUUCCAGUGGCACGUGACUGUAACAAAGGCAAACACGGCCGAGUGUUUUCAACGGAGCGCUAGUGUUCCGCCGGGGCGUCACUGUAUUGGGAUGACCGUUGAGCUAAAGCGCAGACGCAGCAUGACAAACGAUCGCUGAGUGUGUGGUCUGGCAGGAGCGUGGCGACACAGCGCCGGCCCGGUGUUGACAUAGAGACGCUUUUUGUGCAGCCCCGUCACGAUGACGGCUCUCUAGAAAACGGAUCCGGCCACCGCUGGGAACCGGCUAGCUAGGCUUGCGUGAAGUUUCGCCGUCUUCCUGAAUUCUGUCCCCGUUAAAGGAAAGCGAACAAUUUUUGUCAUGAAACGGUUAGUCGUUGCGUUUGUGUCACCAAUGUUUCGCUGUUGCUAUGUAAGCAAGCGUGCUUGCGCACAGGCGCCUUAGUAAGCCUUGGCAGUCUCU